CAAUAUUGGAAGAUGAGUGGGAUUCCAAUCCAAACUCCUACUCUCACAUUAUCUAGACUUCAGUCUAUAGCUAUGUACUGCAGACCCGUCAGCUGCAGCAGUUAGUGUGCCUUGAGGCGAAACUCAAUCGUGGGUGGAUCAAGCUGCCGCCCUCCGGAGAGAUGCAUCUCCUUAACCUUGCCUAUAGUGGAGCGAUUAACUAGUGUUGCGGCGGUUUAGAGAGAAAGGCACUGCAGUCGUGAUCACAACGAUUCCAUGCGACCGACGUUCGGACUCAAAGACCAGUAGUCCACCAACUCUCCUUAGUUCCAUACUCGCACACAGUCUUAGCCUAUACACGACCUUUUUGUGCGAGUAAAGGUAAUAAAACCGGACUUGUCUUUGCGUUCGUAAUUGGAAACCAGACUAGAUUAUUCUUUGGACACAAAUUGAUCAUAUGCGAUGGCGCCACUUCAUGUCAAACAUUUCAUCAAUGGAGAGUUUGUCGACUCCGCCAACAGGAAGACCUUUGAUCUCUUCUCGCCCUAUUCAGGUGAUCUGGUUGCUAAGGUCGCCGAAGCAACAACCGAAGAUGUUGACAAAGCAGUCGCCGCAGCCAAAGCAGCGUUCCCUGCGUGGUCGUCUCUAUCACCUCAACAUCGAGGACGUCCGCUCGCAAGGCUCGCUGAUCUCAUAGCUGCGGCAGACGCAGAGCUCGCAAACGCCGAUGCGCUCGCUCUUGGCCGGCCCAUCAGCACAUACUUUGAUGGCCACUACGCCGCGUGCCACUUUCGCUACUUCUCCGAAGCGGCCUAUCCCGUGGGCACUUCGUCAUUGAACACGCCAGGCUUCUUGAACGUCUCAUUGCGACAGCCCUACGGUGUCUGCGCUGCUAUCAUUCCUUGGAACUCACCGCUCAUCUUUUACAGCAAGAAAUUGGCACCGGCACUCGCGGCUGGAAAUACCAUCAUCUUAAAGACUAGUGAGAAGGCACCGUUAUCAUCGAACAGGGUAAACCGUAUGCUGAAAGAGGCCGGUUUCCCUCCAGGGGUGAUUAAUGUAGUGCAUGGACACGGUGCCGUCUCCGGAAAUGCUAUCUCUAAUCAUAUGCAGAUCCGAGCUCUGUCAUUUACCGGUUCUGUCCGCACAGGUCGCUUGAUCCAGAAGGCCGCAGCAGAUUCAAAUUUCAAGCACUUGAUCUUUGAGCUCGGUGGAAAGUCCCCUGCAAUUGUCUUCGAAGAUGCCGAUCUAGAACGUGCGGCGAAGGAGACUCAGCACAGUAUCAUGUGGCAUUCUGGCCAGACAUGCAUGGCGAACAGCCGUAUUUACGUUCAAAAAGCUGUUGCGGAAAGUUUCAUCAAGACGUUCAACUCCUUGGCUGCGGCAAGGAAGUUAGGCGAUCCGACCUCAAAAGAGACCCAGUCCGGUCCGCAGGCGGACAAAGGCCAAUUCGACACGGUACACCGCUACAUAGAAGAAGGAAAGAAGACAGGCACACUUGUUGAGCCAGGAACGAAGCUCCCUGAGACAAAUGACGAUCUGUUUGUUUCUCCAGUAGUAUUCUUGCAACAGCCUGAAGAUUCAAAGAUAAUGAAAGAGGAGGUAUUUGGCCCGGUGGUCUGCAUCAACACUUUCGAUACGGAGGAAGAAGCUCUUCGACUUGCAAACGACACGGAGUAUGGGCUAUAUGCCGCAGUGUACACUAGUAACAUUGACCGUGCGAUGCGGUGUGCUAAAGCACUGGAAUCUGGAAUGGUAGGUGUAAAUUGUACUUCCCCUACAAGUGCUUGGGACAUGCCUUUCGGUGGCUACAAGCAAAGUGGCGUCGGUCGAGAGAGUUUUCUAUCAAGUAUGGAUGACUGGUUAGAACACAAGGCCGUGUUUAUUCGGGUGGGUAGCUAGGAGAACAAUGGCGUUGGUCAUAACCUUGAUCGGUCGGAGGCUGAGUCAUUCGAGUGCGCGGAACAGGUCGAAAUGACGAUACCGAUUCACUAUAUUAGCCCUUGCCAGGUUCAAGUUGAUGGCGAUUAACUCCAACGGCCCCGAUAAUGUCCUCGUUUCUCAACUUCAAAGCAUCCCAUUGACGAUGAACCACGCAAGGUUCUACUUAAAGGCAGGUACUGUUAAACUAUAGCCAAGGCCCAUAGAUUAUGCUUGAUUAGUGUAAUUAGAAGUAUACAUCAUGGUUCGUAUUGUA